CUUGUGACUUUCGAAAAGAUCCUGCAACCUCCAGCAUCUAUGCUGAUGGGAGGCACCAGAAAGUGGCGGUACUUGCAGCGCUAUUUAGUGAAUCUUGGCGCGAAGAACGAGCUGGUCAUGGACGCUCUGCUUUGCGUCGAAGAGUUGCUCAAGCAUGAAGAAUCCUCACCUUGCUGGUCCGAUGCCUCUGACGGGCUGAAGAGGCGCAUGACAGAACGUUACAAUUCGGUACGAAGCCAAGCCGGGCAAUGUAUCGCGCAGAAAUCGGACUUGGAUCAACCGCUGCGAGAAGAGCUUCUCGCAGUUAUUUUCUUGCUUGCAUGGGCUCAGGUGAUUCGCGACCAGGACAAGGAGUGCGCUGCAUCUGCAUUUCCUUCUCACCUCGCGGACGUCAUUAUCACCAGCGGCUCAGAGUGGAGCUGGUAUUCACGACAGCUCUUGUCGUGGUUCAACUCUCUCGAUAGCAAGGCUACGCAUCUAGGAGGCGAGUCUCUGCUGAGGCCAAAGGCUCUCGAAACGGUCUCACGCUACCCCAUCCAGAUCAUCUCUUGCGACUACGAGGAGUCCAAAGAAUGGCAAGAUUCUUUGGAAGGGCAGGAAGACUUUCAAGCCAUGUCCACCGGUUCCGCAUCGGAUGCUUCAGAACACGGCGAUAGUGCCACUGUUGUCCCCUCACUCACGACCUGCGAUAUCAAGGAAAUUGUCCUCCGCGCGAUACUACAGCCGGCCGCAGAGUGGUACCUUAAGUCGCAAACAUACUGCCGUCGCAUCAGAGCGCUAGACAAGCACCAUCGCAGCCGGUUCACCCCAGAUGACGAACUCCAAGUGUCGUUGGCGAGCAUGCGCCUGCAAGAAGAUCUAUGGGACCUUUGGGCCCAACGGCCGUCCGCCAUUUCUCUGAAAUCUGCGGAGCUUUCCAAGUCCGUCUCACCAGACGUAGCAGUCAGAUUGGAGGAGGUUUUUAGCGUCUACCUUGCCAGCUUCUGGAUUCUGCUUGUCUAUCUCCACCGU